CGCCCGCGCGCUGUGCUUCGUGCUGCUGCUGUACCGCUGUACCGCUUGCUUGUACACUUGUCCACGGGACCAAUCGACAAUCUAAUCUCCCCGUCACCCAUCGCCCAAGCGUCCCGACUGACUGCCCUCACGCCCUCACGGCGCCCGCUCGUCGCACACCCCCACAACGCCCAUCCCGUGCCAACCAUGGGCAAUACCCCAUCGUCCACGUCGAAGCCAGCUACCCCAACGCCCUCGGCGUCUUCCAAUGCCAGUGCUGACUCUCCACGUGCCUCCAAGAAGGAGCACAAGAACCUCGUCUCGAUACAUCACCCGCACCAGAUCCGGUCGCCAGCUUCUCUCGAGGCCUCGGUCGUCCAGGCCCAGGGGUCCACCAUCCCCAACCGGUCCUCACAGCUGAAGCCCCUAUCGCUCCUGAAUCAAGCUUCUCCCACGUCUUCACAGUCUGACAAGCCCGUUGCGGACCCACGGACGCAGGAAGAGAAGCCAAGAUAUGCCAGCGACGUCAAGCAGGAGGAGCUCGCACCCUCCAAGCCUGUAGCUGUUCCUCAGUCUCAUAUUGACACCAGCCCGUUUGCUCCAGGUUCACAUCUGGAGGAGGGUCUCCCUACUGGCACCACCUCUAGUAGCAUACAAGACAUGGCUUAUCCAAUGCCUCGUCCUCCCCGCCUGCCUCUUCCCAUCGAGGAGGAGAUUCAUACGCCUGGGUCGCCUAUAGCGUCUCCGGAAGACAUCAAUAACCAUGAUGUCGACGAUGUUGCUCCGCUCGACGAACAGGCCGGCAUACCCCGCCGUACCUCCGGGUUAAGCAAUGUAACAGAUGAAGAUGAUGCCGAGGAACUGCGUGUGGAUAAGUCUCGACCGACGCUUCCCACCCGCAUAACGUGGCUACGGGGCGGUCAAAAAGUCUACGUGACAGGAACACCUUUCCAAUGGAGUCGGAAACAGCGCUUGGUUCCUGCCCAAGAAGAAGGUGUUCUCGAAACUACUAUCCGGGUGUUUCCUGGAACUCAUCAUAUCAAGUUUCUUGUUGAUGGAACUAUGCAAACAUCACCAGAUCUGCCUACUACUGUAGACUUUGGUAACAAUUUGGUUAAUUAUAUCGAAGUUAGUGGAGAUACACCAGCUGUUAGAGAGCUAAAUAUCGGGAAAGGCGUUUUCAAGGAUGAAGACGCUCAUAACCUGCCAUCUAGACAGCCUUCUGCUACCCCCCUUCCGGGCGCGGAAAAGGGCAAACCUAAGACGCGGCAUAUCGUUCCAGCUGAUCAGUUUUCUGGCAAGCUUCCUCAGUACUUGGAAGACUUCGAUCAGCCUGAAGAGUCCAAAGCGUACAGAGCCUCUGCUGCCGCUAUGGAGAAACUUCCCGGUCCACCAACUUUACCUGGCUUUCUUAGCAAGCCGAUUAUGAAUAAUACUACCUUGAUCAAAGAUGAUAAUAGCGUUCUUAAUAUGCCGAAUCACACCGUUCUCAAUCAUCUGGCUACUUGCAGUAUCAGGAACAAUGUACUGGCUUUAUCGGCUACAACUCGAUACAAAGAUAAGUACGUGACGACUAUCAUCUACAAACCUACCAAAAAUUAGAAGUUUCGACUAAAUUAUAACUUAUCUCGAUGAAAUGCUCUGUACUUUACAACCGCUUUGCGUUAGCGGCCGACUUCCACAUCCAGUUUCCAACAUAGAGAUUGAUAUGCUUUCUUGA